AUGGUCCUUCUCAGCACAUCGCCACCGAACAUGUUCAAUCGCAAAACGACACAGGAGAAGAAACGACGCGACGAGAUUAAUGCGAAGAUCAAAGAGCUUCAGGAGCUGAUCCAGCAUCAAUCCGAUCAGGAGAAAUUGACCCAAAGCGAAGUGCUGAACCGAGCCGUUGAACUGGUGACCCGAAUGGAAUCCGAGUCGCCCGGCCCGUCAACCAACCCAAACCGCAAAGGAUUCUUCGACGGAUACGCGACCAUCGAGACCCUCACCUACACCUUCAUCAAAUCCCUUGGAGUGAAUUCAGAAGUCUGUCAGGAGUUCGUACAAAAAGCCAAGCAAUGUUUCGACCGGGAGAGGAUGUCACUUUUGGUGUCGACGUCCGGCAAAAACAAACGAAAAUCCGAGGAACGUCAUCACCACGACUACUCUGGAGUCUCAUCACCGUCGACUUCAGAAUCCGGAGGAUCCAUGGAUCGGAAGGAGGUGAAAAAGAAUCGGGAGCAGGAUAGAAGGGAUCGACAGGGCGAGGCAUUCGAUGCGUUGAAGAAUUUCAUUAUUGAGAAUAAAUUGAUGAGCCAUCAGCAAGUUGAAAAAAUGCAACGACUCAACACUCUCGACAUCAUUAUCAAUUAUAUCCGGAAUAAGAAAAACAACUUUGUGAGCAGGAAUGGACAGGAGCAGUCACUGUACACACAUGCGAUAGCAGAGGGGCAGAAGACUGGCAAGGCGGUUGCCUAUCAGUUUUUUAAGAGCGACCGCCACCUGAUCGUCCGUUGCGGUGAGCUCGAGAAGUUCUACGACUUCUCACUGGCUCCAAAACCGCUUAUCGGCUUCCCACGCCUUCCCCUUCCCCUCGGAUUCCCCAUCAACCCAUUCCUCCAGUUCAACCCAUUCCUCCCUAUCCCACAACCAUUACCACCACCACCACCACCACCAAUGUCACAACAAUCACCGUCCUACUCACUGGACUCACCACCACCAUCAUCGGACACCUCGACGUCUUCCAUCGAGCCGACGACGCCCAAUGAGAACUCGACGAUUACGUCACCUACCGUAGCGGUUACGGUACCUGUCGCCAAGAAGGUCGUCAAAGUGUUCAGGCCAUGGGAAUAA